GGUGUGGCCCGAGGUAUAAAGGGCGCCGUGAGCCAGCCGCCACCAGGUCUGCCACCAGGUCUGCCACCAGGUGCACCCCAGGACCGCUGCCAGGUGUGCCGGCCGCUCUGAGCCCAGCCGCUGUGAUGCAGAUCCUCCCUGGCCUCCUGCUUCUGCUCUGGCUGCCCGCCAGCCUGGCCCGCCAUGGCCCCCCACUCUGGGGGGGUCUCCACACCCACGGGACUCCACGCUGCUACUCGGCGGAAGAGCUGUCCCUGGGCCAGGUCCCCCCACACCUGCUGGCUCGAGCUGCCAAGUGGGAACAGGCUUUGCCAGUAGCCCUGGUGUCCAGCCUGGAGGCGGCAUCUCGCAGGAGGCGGCAGGAGAGGCCUCCGACUGGGACCCAGUGCCCGGUGCUGGGGCCCGAGGAAGUACUGGAAGCAGACAUCCACCAGCGCUCCAUCUCGCCCUGGAGAUACCGCGUGGACACGGACGAGAGCCGCUACCCGCAGAAGCUGGCCUUCGCGGAGUGCCUGUGCAAGGGCUGCAUCAGCACCAAGACGGGCCGUGAGACGGCCGCGCUCAACUCCGUGCCGUUGCACCAGAGCCUGCUUGUACUGCGCCGCCAGCCCUGCGCCCCGGACGCCUCGGGGGAGCCCGCGCCCGGCGCCUUCGCCUUCCAUGUGGAGUUCAUCCGCGUGCCCAUCGGCUGCACCUGCGUCCUGCCCAGGACGGCCCGGUGACUGCCGGCCCCCGCUGGCCCCACUGUGCUGGGGGGCACGGACGGCAUCCCACAGUGGACAGUCGG